GCAGAGCUUGGGGUUUGUUUAUUUGGGCGGAUGAAAAGAAGAAGGAAAACAAAACAAAACAAAAAAAGUUAAGAUAUGCCUUUUUUUCACUCCCCAUCCCACCUUAGCUUCCCCCCCAUCUCUUAGGUUCCCACCAGGUAAACACAUUAUAAAGGAAUAAUAGGAAUAGUCAAGCUGCCAUCAGCUUCAUGACACUCCAUAGAGAUGAAGAAAGAGAUAGGUGGAAUCGUUUUUCUACACAAAAAUAAAGUAACAAGCAAGGUUCUUUCCCCACUGCAAUCUUCUACGCUUAUAAUGGAGGUAUUGUUCAUCUAAACAGCCAAAGGAGGUUUCAGUCGACGGCCAUGGUUUCCCUGUGGGUCUUGUGGUUGUUGACUGCACUCGUAACGACUGGGGCAGCAGAAGAGGCGGCGGCGGCGGCGGCUAACGGAAGCAGCAGGCCUUCUGUGGUGAAUGUCGGCGCUCUUUUCACCUACAACUCUGUUAUUGGAAGGGCAGCCAUGCUCGGGAUCCAACAAGCCGUCAAGGAUGUCAACGCCAAUCCGGCCGUCCUCUCAGGGACUACGUUGAAUGUCAUCCCACAAGAUACGAACUGCAGUGGCUUUCUUGGCACAAUCGAAGCCUUACAGCUGAUGGAGAAAAACGUGGUGACUGUCGUUGGUCCUCAAUCGUCCGUCAUAGCCCAUGUCAUCUCUCACGUCGUCAAUGAACUUCACGUGCCACUGUUAGCUUUCGGUGCUACAGAUCCAGGCCUUUCUCCCCUGGAAUAUCCCUACUUCAUUCGAACAACUCAUAGUGAUUACUUCCAAAUGAAUGCCGUAGCUGAUCUAGUUGAGUUCUACGGAUGGAGAGAGGUGACUGCCAUCUACGUCGAUGAUGAUUAUGGAAGGGGAGGAGUAAUAGCUCUGGGCGAUGCACUAGCAACGAAGAGAUCUAAGGUCUCCUACAAAGCAGGUUUCCCUCCCAAAUCCGACUUGAACGCGAUCAAAGACCUGUUGAUGAGAGUCAACUUGAUGGAGUCUCGAGUAUACGUUGUCCAUGCCAAUCCUGACUCCGGCUUGAACAUCUUUUCCCUUGCGAAAGAUCUGGGGAUGAUGGGCACUGGAUAUGUGUGGAUAACCACUGAUUGGCUCGCUUCCAGUUUGGAUUCAUUCAUAACAGCUGAUCCAAACACCAUGAGUCUGAUACAAGGAACCAUCGCGCUUCGCCAUCAUACCCCAGAUUCUGCCUCGAAGAAGAGAUUUAUAUCUAGAUGGAAUGACAUGAUCCGUCAAGGAGAAGCUAGUUCAGGAUUGAACAGUUACGGUCUGUAUGCUUAUGAUUCAAUUUGGUUGGUUGCGCAUGCAGUCGACCAAUUUCUAAACGAAGGACAGACGAUCAACUUCUCUAGUGAUCCUCGACUGCACGACGCUAAGGGCAGCAGGCUUCGCCUGUCAUCCCUGCAAAUUUUCGAUGCAGGCGAGAGCUUACUCCACAAACUGUUGCAGACAAACUUUACAGGGCUUUCGGGUCGAAUGCAAUUUGAUUCGGAUAGGAAUCUCAUCCGGCCAUCGUAUGACAUUCUGAACGUCGGUGGAACUGGAUCUCGGUUGAUAGGCUACUGGACAAAUUACUCUGGUCUGUCAGUUGUAGCUCCUGAGAUUUUAUAUCAGAAGCCGCCAAACACGUCCCCUCAAAAUCAGAAGCUACGCAGGGUCAUAUGGCCUGGAGAUACAGCAGCGAUUCCACGCGGUUGGGUGUUUCCAAACAAUGGGAAGCCCCUGAGAAUUGGAGUCCCCAACCGAGCGAGUUUCAAACAGUUUGUGACAGAGUCUUCCAACUCGGACAAUCUCGGUGGCUUUUGCAUCGAUGUAUUCAAUGCUGCAAUUAAGCUGUUGCCCUAUCCAGUUCCAUGUUCAUUUAAGCUAAUCGGAGAUGGUUCUAAGAAUCCAAACUAUGAUGAAAUUAUGAACAUGAUAGCUCGGAAUGAACUUGAUGCGGCGGUAGGGGACUUUGCUAUCGUGAGAAAUAGAACCAAAAUCGCUGAUUUUACGCAGCCGUACACGGAAUCAGGGCUUGUCAUUGUUACUCGUGUCCGAGAGAGUAGCACGAACGCUUUGGCCUUCCUGAAACCAUUUUCAGUAGAGAUGUGGUGUGUCACUGGAGCUUUCUUUAUCCUUGUGGGAACGGUUGUUUGGAUCCUUGAACAUCGGAUGAACCCAGAGUUUCGUGGUAAACCUAGACAACAAAUAGCAACCAUGUUUUGGUUUAGUUUCUCAACCAUGUUUUUUUCCCAUAGAGAGAACACAGUGAGCACCCUCGGACGACUUGUACUGAUUGUGUGGCUCUUUGUAGUCCUAAUUAUCAACUCGAGCUACACAGCUAGCUUAACAUCGAUUCUCACAGUUCAACAGCUCUCCUCCGGGAUUACAGGGCUCGACAGUUUGAUCUCCUCUACCGAGCCUAUCGGCUACCAAGAGGGGAAGUUUGCGAGGAAUUAUAUGAUAGAAGAGCUCAACAUUCACGAGUCCAGGCUUGUGCCAUUGAACUCACCUGAACAGUAUGCUACGGCUCUUGAGCUUGGACCUGAAGGUGGGGGUGUAGCAGCCAUAGUAGAUGAGGUUCCAUUUGUCGAGAUCUUCCUCCCCACUUACUGUCAGUUCAGGAUCAUCGGCCAAGAGUUCACCAAAAAUGGAUGGGGAUUUGCAUUCCAGAGGGACUCUCCUCUUGCCGUCGACUUAUCUACUGCGAUUCUGACAUUGUCCGAGAGCGGGGAACUACAGAGAAUCCACGACAAAUGGUUAACACGCACUGGCUGUUCUUCCUCCAACAGUGACAUAGGGGCAAACCAGCUAAGUCUCAAGAGUUUCCAGGGUCUCUUCCUACUCUGUGGCGCCGUCUGUGUUCUUGCUCUCACCAUUUUCUUCAUAAAGAUAUGCCAUCAAUAUACCAGGUACAGCAGCACAGAAGUCGGCGAGUCUAAAGACAUUGAGAUUAUGCGUGAAACCAAUGCUCGCCUUGGUAGGUUAAAAAGUUUCAAGGGCCUAAUUCAAUUUGUUGAUACAAAGGAAGAAGAUAUUGAUAAAGCGAUUCAGAGGAAACUAAGUGACAAACAGCAACAAAGUUCUCGUACUUCACUUGAUGGGUGUUCGGCGUCACAUAUGUAGAAGUUGGCAGUCAGAUGUAGCAAAAUAUUUCCAUCUAGAUCAAAAUGAUUGUAUAGAAAAUUAGACAAAAGCAAAAGGUUUGAUUCCUAUGUAACAAAGAACAGCAAGCUCUUGGUUUUCUUGGCACUUUUCAAUAUAUAACAGUGCACAUUGUAGAGAGUAUUGGAAAUGCUUAAGGCCAAACAAAUUUCACUUCCAUAAGCGUUGUCCAAAACAAGCGUUGAAUAGGAAAAAACAUACAAGAUGUCAUGAUCGACACAGUUUUAUUAACAUGCCGACCUAUCACACUUAAAAACAUACAACACGAGUAACAAUACGUGCAUAGGUAUAAUAGAGCAUUAUUAAACCAGGAAAAAAGAUGGUCUAAGCACAGAUGAAUGGUUUCUUCCCAAGUUGCGACCUCGGAGACAUUCUAAAUUCAUCACUUCAGA